GCCCGAGGAAGCAACGCCGCCCAGACUUAUCCUCCGUAGUCAGGUCUAAAAGAGCGACCUCGUCCGUCUAUGACAACGAAUUUGGCCGAAAUGUUCUUCAGCUUGAUGGAAUCAACCAGUACGCUCUUCUCCCUGCAGUACGGUUCAAGAAAACCGACUUCACCAUCGAAAUGUGGUUCAAAACAACCGCAAAUAACAAGAGGCAAGUCCUAAUUGGCGACUGGUCAAAGCCUUGGCAGUUUCUGAUUGACGUGACGGCGAAUGGGGAAAUCGGGGUCACCCUCAGACGAGACAUCAACAGUGCAGGAAGUGAUCCCAAGCAGGAUCUGCUGACCGCUAGAGGAGGCACCGUGGAAGUGGGCCAAUGGCAGUACCUCCAAGUGGAAUACGCCCACGGGCCUGGUACUUGUCUCGUUUACCUGAAUGGCGUCGAGGUGGCACAAAGCACUACCAAUUAUACGGAUCACAACCUGCAGGUUAACACCCACGAACAAUACGAGAUCGGCUACAAGAAAGACACCAAGAGCGACUACUUCACGGGACGAAUUGGCUUUCUCAGAAUCCUCAACGAGGUUUUUAACCCUAGCGCCCAUGUACAUGAAUCAGCGAAGGUGCCUCCUUCGUCUUCGACAGUGAGUUAAACAAACUCGUCCUAGAGCUUAAUGGUACUGGGUAUGCUCAUGUCCCCGCGGUCAAGUUCCAGAAGCAGGACUUUACCAUCGAAAUGUGGUUCAAAUCAAUUGCAAACGGCAAGAGGCAAGUCCUUUUCGGCGAUUGGUCCAAACCAUGGCAAUUCAUUAUUGCGGUACAGGCCAACGGGAAGAAACAGGUGGAUCUCAGACGAAACAUCGACAGUGCAGGAAGCGAUCCGAAUCAGAAUCUGAUUGAAGCCAGUGGUGGUUCUGUGACACGUGGCAUUUGGCAACACCUUAUCGUCACGUAUUCGCACGUGACUGGUACGUGUGUAAUAUACUUAAAUGACCAAGUGGUGAGCUCCCUCAUUACCGAAUUCCCUG